AUGACUUCCCAAACGAGAACACCAGACGUCGACUUCAAAAGAAGAAGGAAAGCAAGGUGGUGGUCGUAUAUAAUUGGUGGUGUCAUAUUCCAGAUAUUCAUAAUACUUGUAUUCCUUUACAUAAUCCUCCGUGUUCGAAGCAUAAAGCUACGUCUUCAUUCCGCAGAACUUCAAAACCUCAAAACAAGCAAUCAAUCAUCCUUUACCAUGUUCCUUCACACACAAGUAACUAUCAUGAACUCCAACUUUGGUCAUUAUAAGUUCGAUAACAGUACAAUUGUUUUAGCCUAUAGAGGAACUCAUGUGGGUGAAGUUGGGUUUGGGAAUGGCUACGUAAAAGCUCGAUCGGUAAAGAAGAUUGAUAUGGUUGUGGCGGUGGCCGUGGGUUUAAAAACUUGGUCGGAUCAUGGUGGUCCGGGGAGGAUUACAUUGGCGGCAAAAGCACAUGUGACCGGAAAAGUACAUAUACUGAAAGUCAUCAGAAGGAGGAAAUUGGCGGAGAUGAAUUGCACCAUGGAUGUUGAUAUAAAAACUCAGGCCAUUGAUAACUUGCAUUGCUGGUAA